AUGUUCGUGGAUUACUACGCUGUACUAAACCUUCAUCCAUCAUGCACAGCCAAAGAAAUAAGGGAGGCGUUCAAGCGGUUUGCCUUGUUGUGUCAUCCUGAUCGCACCGAUGCUGAUCAAUCAAGGAAUUUCAGCGAAGUGAAAGAUGCGUAUGAUGUUCUCAGCGACCCUGCACGUCGAUAUCUGUAUGACCUGGGAUAUGCUGACGCUAUUAGUGCCAUACAGCGGCAGACGCUAAUGCAAAAAAAAGGGCGGGAUGUGGAGGCGGUUGCUCCGGUGGUGAGGUCUCCACAGCCAUUUUUUUCGUCUACCACGAGUUCACUAAAUUCUGCGAGUAGCCCAUCAGCUUACAGUCAGCCGACGAUGCCGCCAUGUUCCCAUCCAUGCGACAAGCGGGAUUCCCCAAUGGGCUCACUGGGGCCGUCUCUUGCGCAAGAUUAUCAACAGGGCUCUGCAUUCCGUGCGGUGCGUGGACACCAUCAUGCGGUAAGGCGGAAUCAAGUAUCAUGGACGCAUGGAAGUGAAGAAAGAAGUUAUGACUCCCGCGCUGCAUCUCUUUUUGCAAAUAUGCCUGCUGACAAGGAGGAGGAAUGUCAGUCAAAACCAUCACCUCCCCGGCCGCGUGUUGGGAAGCGGAUCCCGCCUAAAGCGCCGUCCGGUUGCGUCAAACGGAGUCGAGCGGGAUCGUCGCGGUGCCCGCUGCCUCAUUGCACUGUUGGGCCCAAUAUCGUUUUGGGGACCAAAGUGACGGCGGUAAGUUUAGAAGGAGAGGGACAUUGCCUGCAACGUCAUCUCAAGAUGCCUACAAAUGAGGCCAUCAACGCUAGUAUUAUUAAAACGUGGGGGGUUUUCUUUAACAUCUAA